UGCUUGUUGCGCAACUCCGAGAAGAAGAAGGCGUACAAACGAGCGAGCACGAUUUAAAGCAAGUAAUUUAAUUUCGAGAUGGGAGAUGGGAGUGAUGAUGAGUACGACCGCAGGAGGAGAGACAAGUUCCGACGGGAGAGAAGUGAUUAUGAUCGUUCAAGAGAAAGAGAGGAUCGUCGCAGAGAUGACUGGAAUGACAGGGAGUGGGACAGGGGCAGGGAGCGCCGAAAUCGCGGUGAAUACCGAGAUUAUGACCGAGGUCGCAGAGAGAGAUUCUCUCCAUCCAGACAUGACAUGAGUCCCCAGCAGAAACGCAUGAGAAGAGACUGGGAUGACCACGGUGGAGACCCAUACCGUGGGGGGUAUGACUUGGGAUUUGGCGGUGGAGGAGGGCCGAGCUAUGGCCCACCGCAGCACUGGGUCCACCCUGAUCUGCACCUCAUGCAGCCUCAUCAGGGGAUCCCCAUUCAAGCAAGGCUUGGUAACAUCCACGACAUAGACCUGGGGCCUCCCCCUCCCAUAAUGAAGAGCUUCAAGGAGUUCCUGCUGUCUUUGGACGACUCUGUGGAUGAGACAGAAGCAGUGAAGCGCUACAACGAGUACAAGACUGACUUCCGCCGGCAGCAGAUGCAGGACUUCUUUUUGGCUCAUAAAGAUGAAGAGUGGUUCAGGUCCAAAUACCACCCGGAUGAGGCCAGCCGGCUUAAAGCAGAGGCUCAGAGCGCCCUGCACAACCGCCUGAAUGUCUUUCUGUUCCUGUUGGACAACAGCUGGUUCGAUAAUGUGUCCAUGGACAUUGAGCAGACCCCGGCCAUCAUCAAGGUUCUGGAUGCAGCUGUGAUAAAGAUGGAAGGAGGGACGGACCACGAUCUUCGCAUUUUGGACAUGCCACCUGAAGAGGAAGUCAACAGGGAGAAGUCUGCAACUGUUUCAGGAGGAGCUGAAUCUCCAAAGAAGGAAGACCUCAAAACACUGGCUGGAGACCGCAAACCCUCUGUGGAAAAAGACAAAACUGAGAAGGAGGAGAGUGAUUCUGCCGGCGCUGACGGAGAGGUCGCAGCAGACGAGGAGGAUGUGAAAGAGGAGGCAAAGAAAGAAGACGUUAAAGAAGAAAUGCCUGAACCCAAGAAGGCGAGAAGAAAGAGGAAGAGGAGCGAGGACAGUGAUGAUGAAGCCAGCGCCUCGGAGAGCGACUCCGAUUCAGAUUCAGACUCCAACUCUAACUGCUCCGACAAACCUGACAGGAAGGAAGAGGCAGAGGACAAGGAGGAAGAAGCAGAGGACAAGGAUGAGGAAGAAGAGGACAAGGAUGAGGAAGAAGAGGACGAAGAAGAAAAGGAAAAGCCUGAAGUAGACGAGAAAGAAGAGAAGAAGGUCAAAGACGACUCUCCCAGACCGCGGCCUCUUCACAAGACUUGUUCUCUGUUCAUGAGGAGCAUUGCUCCGACUAUUUCCAAGGCUGAGAUUAUCGCUCUGUGUCGGCGGUACCCUGGUUUUCUGCGUGUUUGCUUGUCUGACCCUCAUCCAGAGCGCAGGUUUUUCAGACGCUGCUGGGUGACGUUUGACCGAAGCGUCAAUAUCAAGGAAAUCUGUUGGGACCUACAGAACAUACGUCUUCGAGACUGUGAACUGGCUCCAGGGGUGAACAGGGAUUUGGCUCGCAGGGUGCGCAACAUUAAUGGUAUCACUCAGCAUAAACAGGUGCUCCGCAACGACAUCAAGCUGUCUGCAAAGCUCAUCCAUGCUUUGGAUGAGAAGGGGAGCCUGUGGAGCAGCAAGCCUCAAGAGGACGGCCAGUCGGAGUUGCCAGCUCAGAAUCCGGUGCUGAAGAAUAUCACUGACUACUUGAUCGAGGAGGUGAGCGCUGAGGAAGAGGAGCUCCUGGGCUCGGGGGGUGGAUUGGAUCCUGAGGAGAGCACCAAGGAGGGAAACCCGACUGAGAUGACCGUGGAGAGGGACGACAAAUUAGCCAAGGUUUUGGAUCGUUUGAUCUUGUAUCUGCGGCUCGUGCAUUCAGUGGACUACUACAACACGUGUGAAUACCCGAGCGAGGAUGAGAUGCCCAAUCGCUGCGGCAUGAUCCACGUUCGUGGACCGAUUCCUCCCAACCGCAUCACACAAGGAGAGGUGCAACAGUGGCAGAAAAUGAUGGAGGAGAAGUUGGCUCCUUUGUUCAGUUUAAAAGAAGUCCUGUCUGAGGAAGAGGCAGUGAAGAUGGGUCGUAAGGACCCCGAGGAGGAGGUGGAGAAGUUUGUGUCUGCCAACACUCAGGAGCUGGGAAAAGACAAGUGGCUCUGCCCUCUGAGCGGCAAGAAAUUCAAGGGUCCAGAGUUUGUACGGAAGCACAUUCUGAACAAACACGGGGACAAAAUUGAGGAGGUGAAAAAGGAGGUUGUGUUUUUCAACAACUUCCUGAUGGAUGCCAAGAGGCCGUCGCUUCCUGAGAUCAAACUUCCACCCCCUCCUGGACCAGGGCAAGGUUUGCUUUCUCCUGCUUUGCCUUUUCCUCCCCAAGGUCCUCAGGGUCCGAUGGGUUUUGGUCAGCCUCGUCCACCUCUGAUGGGAUACGGCGUUGGGCCUCCUUACCCACCCAGUCAGUUUGGAGGAGGCAGAGGAAACUAUGACAACUUCCGCGGUCAAGGUGGCUACCUGGGAAAGCCACGCAUCAGAAUGUCCCGAGGCGAUCCACGGAACAUCAUCGAGUAUCGAGACCUGGACGCACCUGACGAUAUGGACUUCUUUUAGAGAGUCCGCUCAGCCCUUCCUACCUUUACUCCAUCACAGUGUUUUGUUCUGCCUGUUUUUGUAGUACGUAACAUUAUUUCUUUUCAUAAGCAUUUCAUUUUGUAAGGAUUGUGCAACUUCAAGAUGCUUCUGUACUGCUGUAAACUGAUUCAUCAAUA